CGGCCCCGCGCUGACGCCUCCGUUCCCCCUCAGACCAUCGAACAGUUCGAGUACGACGGCUGCGAUAACUGCGAUGCCUACCUGCAGAUGAAGGGCAACCGGGAGAUGGUCUAUGACUGCACCAGCUCCUCCUUCGACGGGAUCAUCGCAAUGAUGAGCCCUGAGGACAGCUGGGUCUCCAAGUGGCAGCGAAUCAGUAACUUCAAGCCGGGUGUCUACGCAGUGUCUGUGACCGGCCGCCUGCCCCAAGGGAUUGUCCGAGAGCUGAAGAGCCGUGGCGUGGCCUACAAGUCCCGAGACACAGCUAUAAAAACCUAAGGGGCUCUGGUGCUGCCGGGAUGAUUCCCUGGAGAGGCAGCAGACACGCGGGGCACUGCUCUGAAACCUUUUUAGCUUUAGCGUAUGGGAGAGCAAGCCUGGACUCGGAGCUUGCUGGCUUGGCUCCUCUCGCUCAGGACCUCUGGACUCUGCCGUACCACGGCCUGCCCACACAGACCUUUUCUGAGCCUUGACCAGGGGGAGGGUGUGCAUAGGUCUGGGAAAGCAGCAUUUAAUGGUGAUGCACAAGGUUUUUUACAGUUGGCGUGGAAAGGAGGUGAGCUGGGGUUACGGCUGUGUAGAUGUUUCAAUAAAACCUACUGCCUGGUCAA